CGAGCCGUCGCCCUAGUGGGAAGCUCGCCCGAUAAUCGAACCACGGAUCGCUGUUAUUGAGAGAAUUCCGUCAUUACCGCCAUCAUGCCCAGUCCCAGCCAUCCACGAGCGGCUUUCGAACCCAUUUCCCCAGGCCUCGAUCUUGGCGCGCUAGUUGAAUCAACUCCCAACUUCGAGUAUGUUGUCAGGAUCCAUUGCGAUGCGAUCAUUGAGCAGGGUAUUGAGAACUUCGAAAAGCUGGUCCUCCUACAUGUAAUCCUCGGCGGGAAGCCAUUGGUCAUAGAGGGAUAUCAGGAUCGGUUAGAGAAAUGGAUAUUUGGAAUCCAGUGGUUGAAAGAUAAUCACGGCUCCAAAAUCGAGAAUGCCAGAAACUUAACCACUAAAUCAAACUUACCCCUUUCCAUAAAUCACUACUUGAAGAACAUGGCUCUGCUCACGAACCAAUGGAAUGCAUCAAAUUACAAAGAUAUGAACCGUCAGCGAAUUUAUUUGAAAGACAUCGAUUGCCCUCCGGUUUGGUUUGACAAAUUGAAAGAUUUACUGCCUCCAUUUUUAUAUUAUUUAAACGAAGCUACAGGUGAGAGGGGAAGUAGAUCUGGAGACCUAAUGAGCAGUCUUCCCUCUGAAAUGCGAGCAGAAAACCUAAUGUGCUACAUUGGGCAUGAGGGCACCUAUACUCCGGCGCAUCGCGAGAUGUGCGCUACACUAGGUCACAACAUCAUGGUGGAAGCCUCGACUGGUGCAGUUGAGGAUGGUAAACCGACCAAGCCAGGCUCCUCUAUUUGGUUUAUGACGGAAACGAAGGAUCGACACCUGGUAUCCGAAUACUGGUUAUCAACUCUCGGACAUGACAUUGAGAUCGAGAAUCAUUUCGCCCAAAUAAAUGCGUGGAAGGCUGCGCCUUUUAAAACAUAUAUUGUCGAGCAGCGAGUCGGUGACUUUAUUCUAAUUCCGCCUCUCGCGCCGCAUCAGGUCUGGAAUAGAGGAACUCGGACCAUGAAAGUUGCCUGGAAUAGGACUACCGUCGAGACACUGGAAAUGGCUAUAAAUGAGGCUCUUCCAAAGGCAAGAAUGGUUUGUCGUGAUGAGCAGUAUAAAAACAAGGCGAUCAUUUAUUAUACUCUCCAGAAAUAUUCGCGUCUUCUUCGUGAUACCCAGCACGGACACUAUACCCAUGACAUGCGUCAACUUCAGAAGGAUUUCCGGCGGUUGUUUUCACUCUUCACCAAGAUAUUGAUAUCUGAAAGCUAUUCGAGAAAUAUGGUAGAGCCGAGAAAUGUGGAAUAUCUUCCUUUCAACAGCAAUGUCACAUGUUCCUACUGCAGAUGUAACAUCUUUAAUCGAUUUUUAACCUGUCCUUCAUGCGUUGGAAAACUGCCUGACGGUGAUGACGAUACAUAUGAUAUUUGCAUGGAGUGCUAUUCCAUCGGCAGAAGUUGCGCGUGCGUUUCCAAGCUUAGAUGGGUUGAACAGUUUCGGUGGAAGGAUCUUGUGCAGAACUAUGAUAUUUGGAGAAACCAAAUAAUUCAGUUUGAGAAACAUGGUGAUCCAUCCCAACUACCUCAGCCACUUCUUGUCGAGAGGGAGCGUGUGGGCAAAAAAACUCUCGCAGAGAUUUGCCAAGAAGAAUUGAAACGGAGACCAUGGACAGACAUUACCAAGCCUCAUGCUCGUGAGGAGGAGGAGGAGGAGGAGGAGAUUAUUGAAACCAAUGAUGAUGGGCGAGUUCGAAAGCGCAGGAAGAUUCGAAGAUCGGAUAAAUGGAGGAAAGAGCAUGGAAAUUGUCAUAUCUGCAAAACCCCGGAACCUUCCUGGAAACAGGCAUCCUGCUCUACAUGCGGAUUGAAUUACUGCUAUGGAAGUCUUUUUAGGGCUUUUGAGACCUAUCCUCGUACUGUCAUGGAAGAUCCGCACUGGACAUGUCCUAAAUGCCGAAAAAUCUGCUCAUGUGGAGCUUGUCGCCGUGAUCCCACGAUGAAACCCUUUGAGCCUGCUGGAACUUUGCUCGGCCAUGACACCCGAAAAGUGGCCGAUCCGAGAAGUGUUGAAAGCCUCGUAGACUUUAGUCAAUCAAACUUGACCUGGCUGAAAAAGGUGGGCGAUCACCCGCAGAAGCAAGACACACGGAGACUCAAGAAAAGACUUGAGGAAGCCCAAAAAGCCAAAUCUAAUGGCCCCAUUCUCAAUGAGCACUAUGUGGAUCCAGUGGAAGAAAGAAUACUUAGAUUGGCAAGACACGAAAACAUUCCUUUGGACCCGGCUCUGGCGAAUAAUAGCUUCAACGCGGCUGAGGAAGAGGCAAUUCCCGUCGAUCCGGCUCUGAUGUCUGGCCAAGUUGACGCACUUCCACCCAACCCUCAGUUUGCUAUGCCUGAUAACGCUAUGUUCCAGGAAGAGAUGUCGGACCGCUACGAAGCCACGGAGGCUAUCACUUUCGAAUAUCCCGACCCGGAGACCAUCCCUCCUGGUGUGCCUCAAGGUCACUCAAUCACAACCGUCCCAGGGGCUAAUAAUCGAGAUAAUGGAACAGCUCGACAUCCGAAUGUGAAUUCCUACCCAGAAUUCGGCAUGGAUGGUAUGGUUGAUUUCGCUAGUAAUGCAAUCAUACAAUCUGAUAUAAUAUCGGCCAAUGCCAUUGCGUACACCAGUCGAGUAUUGCCCGACAGACUGCAAACGUUCAGAGCGGAAGAGGACGAUGAUUUCAGAUUACGAAAACAGCGCCAAUGGAAGCCCAAGGGAAAGGCAGGUAGAAAGCGAGGUAAAAUUAAAGUUACAUAUAGGGAAGUGGUCGACCCUUCCAGUGAAGAGGACCAACUGCCAACAGUGCCGGAAAAACAAAACUCUGUAGGAACUAGGAGAUCGGGUCGACGUGUUUCUACCCAGCGUAAAAAUGUAUCACCUCCGGCGAAAGGUCCCUCGGUAGAUGUCAUAUCAGCAGAAUCAGAAUGGGAAGAGGAACGAGAACAAAGCCAUCCAUCCACGGGCAGUUCUGGCUGCGCUAAUGAUACUGGGGAAAUUAUACGCAUUGAUUCCCCCCCUUCUCUAAAUUCAUCACCAGCUAGUCCAAAGAAUGGAGGAAAGGGGCGAGCUACGUUUACCGUCAAUACCCAAGCUCAGCCCUCUCCACCUGCGCGGCCCGAAAGCCAGUCACAUCCUAUGACAGAGGCGGAAAGGAAUCGCAAAGCAAAAAUGAUGGCACUGCGCUGGGCAGAGGGACAUGGGAGUGAAGAUGAUGGAAGUGAUGGGUGGAAUUAG